AUGAAAAUACCUUUACCUUUGUCUAAAAAUCUUCAUACCAUUGUUAAAAGUCUAAACACUUAUAAAUUAGUUGUAAGAAAUGAAUAUAAAGAUAAUUUACAAGCCAAUAAUCAGAAGAUUUCAAAUCAAGUUCAUGAGCAACAAGAAUUCAUUACUAUUACCAAUAUCAAUAAACAGCAUUUAAUGAAUGAGAAUAAUCAAGAUAAGGAUAAUUAA